AUGGAACUAUUUGGCAAGAAGCCUGCGCCGAGCGCGUCGUCUUCUGAACAAAAAGACGCGCUGAAGCAGCGUGUGGCCACAGAAGUUGCUAUGGCGAACGCUCAGCAGCUCAUUUCGAAGGCGACGGAAAAGUGCUACUCGAAAUGCAUCGCGCCGCCCGGACAGAGCCUUUCGAGCAAGGAGCAGACCUGCCUUGAGCGCUGCCUCGAGCGCUACUUUGAGACGUUCAACAUUGUGAGCUCAACUUACGUGAGCCGCAUCGCGGCCGAGCGCACUUCUGGCGCACUGAACUCGUAA